UUAUAGCAACAGCACUUCAUCAUACACCCUCGUGUCUGCGUUUUCUGAACCCAGACCCAUCUGCUACCAUCUCAAAAAAAUGGGAGGUUUUCCGGUAGGUUCAAAGAAGAAGAAAAACAACAAAAAUCAACACGGUUUCGAAACCCUAGGUCUAAACCGCGAUGUAUUCAGUGGAAUCAAACGCAAAGGCUACAAAGUUCCUACUCCAAUUCAGCGAAAAACGAUGCCUCUCAUUCUCUCCGGUAUCGACGUCGUUGCUAUGGCUCGUACUGGUUCCGGUAAAACGGCGGCGUUUCUUGUUCCGAUGCUUCACCGACUUAAUCAGCAUGUUCCUCAGGGUGGCGUUAGAGGACUUAUUUUGUCACCGACUAGAGAUUUAGCGCAACAGACAUUGAAGUUCACCAAAGAGCUUGGUCACUUCACAGACCUUCGUGUCAGUUUGUUAGUUGGCGGUGAUAGUAUGGAAAGUCAGUUUGAGGAGUUAGCUCAGAAUCCAGAUAUUAUAAUUGCCACUCCCGGUAGGCUCAUGCACCAUUUGUCUGAGGUUGAUGACAUGUCCUUGCGUAAGGUGGAGUAUGUUGUUUUUGACGAGGCGGAUUGUUUAUUUGGUAUGGGUUUUGCUGAGCAGCUCCAUCAAAUUCUUGCCCAGCUUGGUGAGAACCGUCAAACCUUGCUUUUCAGUGCCACAUUACCCAGCGCUCUUGCAGAAUUUGCUAAGGCCGGUCUGCGAGACCCUCGUCUUGUUCGCCUCGAUUUGGAAACUAAAAUCAGCCCUGACUUGAAGCUUGUCUUUUUCACUUUGAGGCAGGAAGAGAAAUACGCUGCUUUGCUCUAUUUAAUUAGGGAACUUAUCGGUUCUGAUGAGCAGACUUUAAUUUUUGUAUCCACUAAACACCAUGUUGAGUUUCUCAACUCGUUGUUUCAACUAGAGGGUAUUAGGCCUUCUGUAUGUUAUGGAGACAUGGAUCAAGACGCUCGUAAAGAACAUGUGGCCAGGUUUAGGUCAAGAAAGACAAUGUUGUUGAUUGUCACCGACAUUGCUGCUCGGGGCAUUGACAUUCCAUUGCUUGAUAAUGUUAUCAAUUGGGACUUUCCUCCUAAGCCUAAAAUAUUUGUUCAUCGAGUUGGACGGGUUGCAAGGGCUGGUCGUACUGGUACCGCAUAUUCUUUCUUGACUGCCGAGGAUAUGGCUUAUCUCUUGGAUCUUCAUUUGUUUCUCUCAAAACCAGUCAAAGCUGCUCCAACUGAGGAAGAAGUCUUGCGGGAUAUGGAUGGAGUGAUGUCAAGAAUUGACGACGAAAUGUUAAAUGGAGAAACCAUUUAUGGUCGUUUCCCUCAAAAAGUCAUUGACCUUGUUUCUGACAGAGUUAGGGAAGUUAUUGAUACUUCUGCGGAGCUGGAAGCAUUGCAGAGAGCCUGUAAAAAUGCAUUUCGUUUAUACUCUAAAACAAAACCCUUACCCUCAAAGGAGUCCAUCAGAAGAGUAAAGGAUUUGCCACAUGAAGGUCUGCAUCCGAUUUUCAACAAAGUGUUGGGAACAGGGGAGUUAACGGCAAUUGCGUUUUCUGAGCAUUUGAAAAAUUUUAGGCCAAAGCAGACCAUUUUGGAAGCGGAAGGAGAAGCAGCUAAAGCUAAGCGUAGAGCAGGCCCUUCUGGUCAUUGGGUUGAUGUGAUGAAAAGGAAAAGAGCCGUUCAUGAUAGUAUUAUAGUUAAUGAACAGCAUUCGAAGAGUAAUGAACACCAAUCGAAGAGUAAUAGUGAAAAGGAGGAAAAUCAACCGGAAAUUACUUCUUCCAUGGAUAAAGGGAGAAAAGCAGCACGUGGCUCUAAGCGAAAGCCAAAUCCAGAAAGUUUCAAGGACGAGGAAUACUUUAUAAGUUCCAUACCUCAAAAUCAACACAUGGAGGCAGGCCUUGCGGUAAAAGCUAAUGAAGGCUUUUCUUCAAACAGAUUGGAUGAUGCUGUCCUAGAUCUAGGUGCAGAUGAUGGUGCUGGCAUUAAGAAACAAAAAUCUGUGUAUCACUGGGAUAAGAGGAGUAAAAAGUACAUCAAGUUAAACAACGGUGACCGUGUUGCUGCAAAUGGAAAGAUAAAGACAGAGAGUGGUGCAAAAACAAAGGCCAACAAGACUGGUAUAUAUAAAAAGUGGAAGGAACGCUCACACUCCAAGAUAUCUCUUAAAGGGACAAGUGCCGAUGGUGAUGCUCAGGAAUCAAGAAGUUCAAGAGGAUCUUACCAAGGAGGUGGUAGGAAUUACAAAGGCGGCAAGAAGCAGCAUUUAAUGCCCAAUGCUCAUGUCCGUUCAGAAAUCAAAGAUAUGGAUCAAAUUCGAAAGGAGAGGCAGAAGAAAGCCAGCAAAAUUUCUUAUAUGAAGAGCAAGUCGCCAAAGGGUAAAAAAUCGGGCAAACCUGGCAGAAAGGGAGGAAAUAAAAGAAAAUCCAAGUAGACGUUUUUUGGGCUUCAGAAGUUAAUUAGUCAUGGAAAGGAACAAAAUGAUUUCUACCAAAAUUCUGGUGCAUCUGUAUCUUCAAAAGAAUGAGGGGCAAAGUAAAGUAAGAAACCCAAGUAAUAGGAAAACGCAAAUUUUGGUCAUUAUUAUUUUUUAUUUACCAACGAAUUUUGUUGAUUAUUAUUUUUCAUUUGCCAACGAAUUUUGUAUGUUCAAACUUCAAAGUAAUAUAACACUAUUUGUUGUUUUACAUGGAUUGCUCCUUGUACACAGCAGCCCCUAGAUUAAUAUU